AUUGAAGUACUACAGCGGUUUCACGUAUGGAAUACUACUAUGAAUGAAACUUUUGGAGAAGAUCGCGCGGUGCUAAUUGCCGAACGUUUAAGUAAAUAAGUUAUCGCAAGCAGCGGAUAGAGAUCAAAUCAACUCAACUCCUUUGCAUCAACUCGUGUGGCGCCCAAACAUCAAACCUUUUUUUUCUCACAUCUACUACCGUUAAAUGUCAAGUGACCUCAACGCCGACACGACAGGACUCUAAAUCGCCUAUUAUGUGUGAUUUUGAAACCAUCUAGCAUAAGCGGGUACAAUUUUGGCACAAUGAGCGUACUUACCCGUGUCCGUUGGUCGCGUGGGACAUUACCGUGCGCCACAUUUCGCCGCAGAAUCAGUAGCGUGAAGCAGAAAAAUGAACGAGAUUUUAUGAAGCUUAAAAACGAAUGGUGGAUUCCUCGAGGUGAAUUUGAGGUCUUAUCGCGUAUGAACAAGCUACGGGUUCCUUUGAUCACGGAUGUGUUGCGAGAAUGUCGAGAAGGUGACCACGGCGAACAACCAAUGAACCUUUUGAAGGGAUAUAAAAUUAUUGAUGUUGGCUGCGGAGGAGGCCUUCUAACAGAGCCCCUCGCUCGACUUGGGGCUGCCGUAACCGGACUUGACAUCGUCGAAACAAACAUUGAUACCGCUCGAGCACACGCUGAUAAGGAUCCGAAAAUCUCGGAUAGAAUUACGUAUGUGUGUGGAAGAAUUGAAGAUAUGAAGGAACAGUUUGAUGCUUUGGUAGCAUCGGAGGUCAUUGAACAUGUGGAAAGUGUGGAGCUGUUCAUUAAACAUUGCUCGCGGGUUGUUAAGCCACGCGGCCACCUGUUCUUCACGACGAUCAACCGGACCCUUCUAUCGCUGCUUAUAGCAAAAAUCGGUGCUGAAUACAUUUUUAAUUGCGUUCCACGGGGUUUACACGACUGGAGGUUGUUUGUUACGCCAGAAGAACUUCAGUUACAACUUGCUAAACAUAACUGCGCUGUCGCUCGUACCAAAGGAAUGAUGUACAAUCCGAUCACUGGCCAGUGGACAUGGAUUGACACGGAAGCUGUCAGUUACGCUCUGCAUGCCGUGAAGGUUUCCUAGUUUCCUAGCUUUAAUCAUGUUUAGCAGGAACCACUGUUCGUUUACACCCUACGUAGUGUAUGAACUAUUGCUAUGGAUCGCAUACCAUAAGCGUAAAUCAAAAAAAGCGCAAAUCUUAAAAAGAUUUAUCAGCAUGGAAUAAAUAAUUAACUAAGGGUUGAUAUCUCCGUUACCUUUAUUCAAGAUCAAUUCGCUGUAUACUAAGUCCAGUACUGCUGGACAUUGCUUUUGAUGGCCUUAGCAUACUUUUUGAUAAGCAUACGUGGUGAUGGAGUACGAGCCUCAAUCAAUGUUUUACUCAUUAAAUCGCAACAUCGCAAGCUUGCUUUUUAAAGCUUCGCGCUCUGACAAAACUGCCAACUUCAGGGACCUAAAAUUUACUUAAAUAAAUUAAAUAAACCUGAAAUUUGUUUAAAUCCAAUUGUCAAAAGCAGGCUCUGUAAUUGCUGUAAUCAA